AUGUCGUUGCGUAGUCCGGUAUUGGAUGAGUUCCGGUCAAACAAAACCCGUAAGUGGGAGCUGCGGGAUAUCUAUGGAUAUAUUGUUGAGUUCAGUGGCGACCAGCAUGGGUCGCGUUUCAUACAACAGAAAUUAGAGACUGCCACUAGCGAAGAGAAGCAACUCGUUUUCGAAGAGAUCGUACCAGCCAAUAUUUUACAACUAGUACAAGACGUCUUCGGUAAUUAUGUUAUUCAAAAACUAUUCGAACAUGGAACGCAAAUGCAAAAGACGCUGCUCGCCAAUACUAUGGAGGGCCAUAUUCUUCAUCUUUCGUUACAAAUGUAUGGUUGUAGAGUGGUUCAAAAGGCUAUAGAAUAUAUACCACCUGAUCAACAGGCGACCUUCGUCAGAGAACUUGACGGCCAUGUUUUAAAAUGUGUCAGGGACGCAAAUGGGAACCAUGUAAUUCAAAAGCUGAUCGAACGUGUGUCCCCGGACAAACUGGGCUUCGUGAGUUCGUUUAGGGGAAGUGUUCAUGAGUUAUCCACACAUGCUUACGGCUGUCGUGUACUUCAACGCUGCCUUGAACACUUGCCUGAAGAAUUUGCACGCCCAUUGCUGGAGGAACUACACGACUACACCAACAAUUUGAUGCAGGAUCAGUUCGGAAACUAUGUUAUCCAAUUUGUAUUGGAUCACGGACAACCGCACGAUAGGACUCAGGUGAUAGCUAAACUACGAGGCCAGAUGUUGCAGAUGGCUCGGCACAAGUUUGCGUCAAAUGUCUGCGAGAAAGCCCUUAUCUGCGCAGAUGCCGAAAGCCGACAUGUCCUCAUAGAGGAACUGAUGAUGCCGAAGCAGGAUGGCACGAAUCCGGUCAUGACGAUGAUGAAGGAUCAAUUUGCCAAUUACGUCCUUCAACGUGCGCUGCAGGUUGCUGAAGGGGAGCAAAGAGAGGCAUUAAUAGGCAUGGUUCGUCCACAGUUGAUGAACAUGCGAAAAUAUUCUAGCGCGUAUAAUAAACAUCUUAGUUCCAUCGAGAAAUUACUUGAUAAAACUCCUACUCAGUCUGGAGAGCCUACCAUUAUCCGUCCUGAAGUCAUUCUUUCGGCCCGCACUCCCUCAACUCUAUAA